AUGUCGCAGUUGUACGAUCUCUCGGAGGUGGCCCAAAACAAUGGCAAGAGCGGAAAGCCCUGCUGGCUGAUCAUCAAAGGAAAUGUCUACGAUGUGACCAAUUUUUUGGCCGAACAUCCUGGCGGUGGUGAUGCCCUCCUCGAAUACGGCGGCAAGGACGCUUCCAAGGCCUUUAAGCAGGCAGGACACUCCUCCGAUGCCGAGCGAGAUCUGAAGAACUACAAAAUUGGAGAACUGAGACCAGUUGAGGCGGCGCCAAUUCAAAUCCAACCACAGUCCACUGGAACGAAAGGACCGGACACCAUAACCUCCAGUCCAGAACCUGCCAAGAAGAGCUCCGGCUUCCUCUGCUGCUGCUAGUUGGGCCAGAAACAAAAAAAGGAACAAAAUCAUCUUAUCAUAAACGUGUCAUUUAAUAGAUUUAUUUACUUAGAAUCAGGUCGUAAAUCAUUUACAAUUAGUAUAAUUAACUUGUAGCUAGGUCUAGGCUCUAGGUCUCAUCUCAUUCUAUGCAAAAAACAUCUAGUCUAAGAAGAUCAACUCUGCUUACUGCUUACCUCGCUCUCUGAAUAAAUUGCAAACAUAUCUGGCGGAGCAGCUCCACCACUCAAAUAAUUCAAAUAAUUAAA